AUGAGAAUACCCCCAGCUCUGCACUGGUGGGCCGCACAGAUCCACAUGGCCCUGUAUGCCGUUGACUUGCUGCUGAGCAUCGCAGUCCUCGUCUGGGGCAGCGUCUUGUACGCCCUCGUGGACAACCAAUCGCGGUACCACGCCCCAGGACGGUUCGCCGCUUACACCGUCAUCAACUGUGCACUCGUCAUCUACUUGACAGCUUUCUUCAUCGUGUCGCGGUUCCGCCCCAACAGCGGCUUUGUUUCGUCCACGGCUGAUACUGGUAUCAUUGGGCUUUUCAUCGUCAUCCAAGUCAUCUGCUACUGGAUUGUUGGUCCCUCUGCCCUGGCCAGACAAGGAACUGUCUACGACGAUGACAUUGGACGAUAUAGGACGGUCAACUGGGUCCUUUGGUUCAUGUUAUGGUUCACGCUUCUCUUUGAGGUCGUGUAUCUUAUCCUGACUCGCAAGGGGAGGGAACGCCAGCAGCGGCGCAGCUCCUUCCGUGUCUUGGCCAUGGAGAGCUACCCCGGCAACGGGAGGGGACCCUUCUCGACCUCGUCCGACAAUUCCGGCCCCUGGGUUCCCAUGCCAGACUUGCCGCAACCACCACCACCGAGCAGGGUUUGA